AUGUUGGGCCGACUUUUAAGCACAGCUGCUUCAAGCCUGAAUCCAGCUUCAUUUAAUCCACGAAAUAAUGGAACUCCUCUCGAAUCAGUCACUGAGGAGGAACACACUUCCGGCCUUCUCUUCCCCGAUGCCAGCCUACUCCGCCGUUCCAAUACCCACGCCUACCCUCUACAGACCGCAUUCCACUCCCCGAACGCUUCAACAGCCGGUGCCUAUGAUGACCGUGGAGGAAUGGAAUUGGAUGCCGUUAAGGACUUUCGAGUCGUCGUGGCCCAGAACGCUCUGGGGGACCGUGAUGCAUGUAUCUUGCUAGACACUCGUGUACCUGAUCCGUCACCUACCGGUCUUGGGAUCGACUCACCAGGUCCUGAUCAGUCCGGAAACAGGCAUUCCCGCACAGUCUCCAGCCUCUCUCGCGGUCCUCGUCGAAACUUCCCCGCCCAGUCCUCCGUCGUUGAACCUAGCCCCCUUUCAUCGGCCGCAGAUGCACGCAGACUGACACCAGCGGGUCCUGGUGCUUUCUCACGAGCCCGAGGACGCAGCUCUACACUUGCACAAACGGGAAUACAACAUGAUCCCGGUUCUUCGCGGCAUUCGACGGAUACCAAUGACACUGGUCUCCUUAAUUGCAUUUUUGGCAGUAGCGCAUUCAGCUAUCGUGGAUCCUCUACAAAAAUGCACAUCAUCUCUGCCGACGAUGACCCACCAACAGCGGCGGGCAUGUCUCCCGCAGCACGCAGCCCACUUGCUCGGGCCUACACCACCGGAAGCUCAGCAGACUUCGGACCCGCUAAAGGACCAGACAAGCCACCUUCCAAAGUUACCGUUCUCGUGACUCGGAUGUUUAGCGUCAAUCUUCCAGAGGGAGCCGAGGCAUCCGCUGAGCGGCAGGAUUAUGCCAGUGCUCUUUAUCAGGAGUCUCUGCCUGAGAUGGGCUUUCCUUUCCCAGAUAUCUCAAAGCGCAAAAAGAUCAAGGAGAAGAAGACGCCAAUGUAUGCUGUCGCGAUAACAAUCCAAAUUCCUUUGCUGGCAAGAAAUGCCCCUCGACCCGUGUCUCGAUUCAGUACUCUCGGUCCUGAUUCCCCUCGACCAGGGCUAUCCAGCUCUUUGGAUUCAGACUACCGCUGGCCGGGUUUUCUGUUCGAUGAUAGCUUGUCAUCUGCGUCUCCUCCUGCAAGCUUGGAUGAGAGGUUGGACCUGCUGGUUGACCAUUGGGAUGUCAUCACUCGAACUUUAUCUCACCUGGAGCGGCUCGCGCGGAACGAAAUCCUCUUUCUAUUGAGGAAAGUUGACUCUAUGUCAGGGCCACACCCAAAGCCCGACAAACCGCCCAAUAUGCAACGGACUAACCAAACGAUUGUCCAUUUACCUGCCAACAUUCUGUCUGUGAACUCCAAACUCAAGGAAGAGGCCAUUCGCAGCAGCCGUCGCAUCAGCCUGGCUCUUCAGACCCCAUACGUUGUGACCGGCCAAAGUCGCUGGGGCGUGUGGCGAGAAGAAGGCCGAUCGAUUGUCCGAGGCCUUGGCGACAAGGAGAGUAACUUUUUCUUCCUAGUGCUACUCACAGCAUUCCUAGGUAACCACACUGAGUGGCUCAAUGCCCUCGGCCCAGAGUGGUACCGCCGUCGACACAACCAGCAGCAAAAGGCCCAACAGGAUAUUGAUCCUAUUCUUACCCACCGCACUGUGGUUGUUUGCCCAGACAAAAUGACAGCUCGGCGCCUCAUUUUCUUGCUCUCUGCUUUCUUUCCAUCCAAGCAACGCAUAGAGCCACUUCCCUCUCCACUUCGACCUGGCACAUCGGCAUCCAUGCGCGCUGUUUCCCAAAGCCCACCCACAGUGCCAGUGCUCAGACAGGAAUCCCUGAGAAGAGCAAUCGAGCGUCGUGCUCGUGCCCAGCGGUUAUGCCAAGGCGAUACCAGCCAUCAUCGACGCUCAGUUAGCAUUUCAUCUCAAGAGAUGGCCCAGAGAUCAUCUGAUGGGAUCGACCAACCUCCUGCAGCCGACUUCACAUCAGCCCGUAGAGGAUCUGAUGCCCGUUCGAUCAAAACGCUAAGUGCGCAAAUUCAGGCGAAAGACCCACGGGCCACCGCUACCAGCGGAGCAACAACCUCCAUGACGACCCAAAGAAGCACAGUCCCUGUGCCCCACUUCACGUCACAACAAAGUCGUGCCAGUCAAGGAGAAUCUGGUCGUGCCCUAGAUACCAAUGAAAGUCUGGCAUCGGAGAAUCUACUGAAGAACCUAAGAAGAAGUGACAGCUCAAACCUGGCUUCGAAUGGCAGUGUUCCACCCGCUGAAGGCCGUUGGGGUGGCCUGUUCUCCGGAUUGUGGAACUCACGGCAGGAGUCGUCAACGAAGGGCAGUGAUAUUUAUUCUCCAGCUGAUGCACGCAAGCGAUCAGUUUCGACCAUAGCUGGUGGUCCACCCAUGCGUGCUCAACCUACACUGAGCCAAAUGGUCAGGGAGGCCACGGAGGAUAUGCCCAAGCAUCGACCUGAAACAGCGCCUAGUAGUGGGAACAUUUCGAUCCCAGCUGCUGCCACCAAAAGCGCUGAGGACGAAUCUCCCGAGCCUUCAUCACUUACGAGCCAACCUCGUGAAUCGCCUUUGAAGUUGUCGGUUCGGGCGGAAGAAGGGAUUGUAGAUGUUGAUCUCCCACUUCCAGGAUUCUUGUCACUCUCUUCUUCGGGUGACUCCACCAUUGCAUCCCCCAAGAAGACAAGGACUUCCAUCACCAGUUUCGAUGCCAUUGCGUCCACACACAGUAGUGGUUCUGGAUUCCACAGUGCUGCGAAAGAAAACGAUGGCCCUAGUACACAUGUCGCUGGAUGGUUGAAGUUGUUCCACGAAGAUUUCUCACUGCAAGCGGUACGGCCGUAUUCUAGUCUGGAAGCAGAUGUCAGACGCGCAAUGCAGUCUGAGCCUUCGCCAUAUAUUCCCUCAACUCCUGAUGCGGAAGGAUCAGAACGAUGGGUGGAUGUUGCGACAACCUUGAUUGCUGACACUCGAUCUUCUUCCAUCAAGCGUUUGCGACUGAGACGCAAGAUUAUCGUAGGCCAUAAUUAUGGGCCAAAUCAUACUCCCCCUUCUCCAGCUGUUGGGCACACCCGUACCUCUACCGCCUCCUCAACAUCAUUUUCUGGCUUCUUUUCCGGGUACUCCAAGUCCCCCGAAGUCCCCAUUCUCGAAGGACACGACUCACAGCACGUCGAGGAGCGAUUUAUUGAAGAACCUGUUAUGGACCUCGAUGGCAUUCUUGUCGAUGCUGUCGAGCGGGUUCUCGGCCAAAGUGGCUAUUCGUCCCUUGCUCACUCCCGGGCCCCCUCCCCAAACCGUGCUCGCAAAGCCGAGGAUAAAGGCCAAAAUACACCUCGUGGAGAAGAGCCCCCAGUGGAAGUUCCCCGUACCGAGUGUCGCAAGAUGGUCCUUGGUGCUCUUGAAGAGGUUGUCCGUCUUGUCACAGCUGAGCACUGUCGAGAAGAUGUGGACGGUGAGUUAGGACUAGCUGACCGAGAGCGGAGAAGAGCCAUGGCAGGUGCCGAUAACACUCUACGCGAAGGGAUUCGGAAAUGGCUCCUUGACGUCGAAGAAGCCUGGUAA